AUGCCAGAACCAGACCCAGAGGUCAGAUGUGCAGUUGCCUGCACUGAAGAUUGCAGCUCAAAAAAUGUAACUGUGGAAACAGGAACCAGUAGUAAUGAUAAAUUACCAGUAAACUCUACAAGCGGGACCAAAACCUAUGGAGGUGGAAGAUGGAUCAGGGAUGUGUCACUGCCCGACCAGACAAAAGGUGGUCGGAAUAAUGUAACACAGCCCAUCCCAGUCCUUGAUCUCAAGGCAGAAUAUGUUGGUAUGACUUCUGUCAGUUUAACAUGGGCAGUGAACACCACAGCUUUGAACUCCUACACGUACAGGAUAGAGGUGGCAAGUGGUACCUCCGUUAAGAACCUGACAUCCAAUGUCACCAAAACUGAAAUCAAAGAGUUAAUUCCUGGGACACUGUAUAAUUUCACAUUAUUUGCAGUAGCAAGUGAUGAUGAGACAGAAGGAGAAGGAUCAUCUAUAAGUCUGUAUACAAAGCCCAGCCCAGUUCUUGAUCUCAAGGCAGAAAAUGUUGCCAUGACUUCUGUCAACUUAACAUGGAUGGUGAACGACACUGCUUCCAGCUCCUACACGUACAGGAUAGAGGUUGAGAGUGGUACCUCUGUUAGGAACGUGACAUCCAGUGUCACCAGAGUCACAAUUACUGAGUUAAUCCCUGGGGCCAUGUACAGAUUCACAGUAUUUGCAGUAGCAGCUGAUGGUUGGACAGAAGGAGAAGGAUCAUCCAUAAGCCUGUAUACGGAGCCCAGCCCAGUUCUUGAUCUCAAGGCAGAAAAUGUUGGCAUGACUUCUGUCAACUUAACAUGGAUGGUGAGCGACACUGCUUCCAGCUCCUACACGUACAGGAUAGAGGUUGAGAGUGGUACCUCUGUUAGGAACAUGACUUCCAAUGUCACCAGAGUUGAAAUUUCUGAGUUAAUCCCUGGGACCAUGUACAGAUUCACGGUGUUUGCAGUAUCAGCUGAUGGUCAGAUGGAAGGAGAAGGAUCGUCCAUAAGCCUCUAUACAAAACCCAGCCCAGUUCUUGAUCUCAAGGCAGAAUAUGUUGGCAUGACUUCUGUCAACUUAACGUGGGUGGUGAACGACACUGCUUCCAGCUCCUACACGUACAGGAUAGAGGUUGAGAGUGGUACCUCUGUUAGGAACGUGACGUCCAAUGUCACCAGAGUUGAAAUUUCCGAGUUAAUCCCUGGGACCAUGUACAGAUUCACGGUGUUUGCAGUAGCAGCUGAUGGUUGGACGGAAGGAGAAGGAUCAUCCAUAAGCCUGUAUACGGAGCCCAGCCCAGUUCUUUAUCUCAAGGCAGAAAAUGUUGGCAUGACUUCUGUCAACUUAACAUGGAUGGUGAGCGACACUGCUUCCAGCUCCUACACGUACAGGAUAGAGGUUGAGAGUGGUACCUCUGUUAGGAACGUGACUUCCAAUGUCACUAGAGUCGAAAUUACUGAGUUAAUCCCUGGGACCAUGUACAGAUUCACAGUAUUUGCAGUAGCAGCUGAUGGUUGGACAGAAGGAGAAGGAUCGUCCAUAAGCCUGUAUACGGAGCCCAGCCCAGUUCUUGAUCUCAAGGCAGAAAAUGUUGGCAUGACUUCUGUCAACUUAACAUGGAUGGUGAACGACACUGCUUCCAGCUCCUACACGUACAGGAUAGAGGUUGAGAGUGGUACCUCUGUUAGGAACAUGACGUCCAAUGUCACCAGAGACGAAAUUGCUGAGUUAAUCCCUGGGGCCAUGUACAGAUUCACAGUAUUUGCAGUAGCAGCUGAUGGUUGGACAGAAGGAGAAGGAUCAUCCAUAAGCCUGUAUACGGUUCCUGCCUUAGUGAAUUCAUUUCAGUGUGAACCAGUGGCCAAGCAGUCUUCCCUAAUGCUGAAGUGGGAGUGUCCUUCUGGUUACAAUUCUGGCUUCAAAAUUAAAAUAUUUAAUGCUACAUGGGAAAAAGAACAACAGACUCCAUCCUGCAUGAGAGAAGGCUCAGAGGAAGUCUUCAGAAUAGCAUCUUUAGAUUAUUUCAACACCUAUAAUGUUACUAUUGCAACUCUUUCAAAUAGUUCUGAAAGCCAUCCAGUGCAGAAGAUAUGUAAUACGAGCAUUACUGACCCGCCUGCUCCAAGCAAAGCUCCUUUAGUCAAGGCAGUCAGUCACAGCUCGUUGUCUGUUGAAUUCUCUGAUUUUGAGUCAGUGAAUGGACCAUUAAAAGCCUAUGCAGUAAUGAUCACAACAGAAGAAGGAGGUUGUGCAUCUUUGAAGUCUAAAUUGAACAACACAUACAAAGAUUUCAAGAAGACGAAGACAGUUACCUAUGUUACGUAUGUCAUAAAAACAGAGCAGGCAAAACCACCUUCUUUUCAUUCUCAGAAUGGUACCAACAUCGUUAACGUAGGCAAGGGAAACACAAUGUAUGGCUACGAAAAUGGACCGCUGGUUCCACUUCGUUCAUACAGGGCAAGUGUUGCAGGUUUCACUAAUAUAACCUUUACUGUGGCCAACAUCAUUGUGGGGGAAGAUAGUUAUGUAUCAUUUUCACCCUGUUCUGAGGCGGUUUUGCUACCCCAGGAUCCAGGUGUUAUUGCUGGAGCUGUUAUUGGAUGCCUUUUAGCUAUAUUGGCUGUAGUCGCUAUAGGGGGUUUCAUAUUCUGGAGAAGGAGAAGGAAAGAUAAAAGAAAUACUGAAGUGUCCUUUUCUCCAAUUAAAAUCAAGAAGUCAAAAAUGAUUAAAGUGGAGAACUUUGAGUCCUACUUUAAGAAGCAGCAAGCUGACUCCAACUGUGGUUUUGCUGAAGAGUAUGAGGAACUCAAAUCUGCUGGUGUUCAUCAGCCCAAAUUUGCUGCUGAGCUUGCUGAGAAUCGUGGAAAAAAUAGAUACAACAAUGUCUUACCAUAUGAUAUUUCUCGUGUUAAACUUUCAGAUCAAAGCUCUGCAACUGAUGAUUAUAUUAAUGCAAACUAUAUGCCUGGCUAUAACUCAAAGAAGGCAUUUAUUGCUGCACAGGGUCCUUUACCCAAUACUAUAGAAGACUUCUGGCGCAUGAUUUGGGAAAAGAAUAUCUACUCUAUUGUUAUGCUGACAAAAUGUGUUGAACAAGCCCGGACAAAAUGUGAGCAAUACUGGCCAGACAAACAAUCCAAGAGCUAUGGUGACAUUAUUGUGACGAUGGUCUCAGAGGCUGUCCUUCCAGAAUGGACAGUAAGGGACUUCACUGUAGAAAAGACCAACACACCAGAGAGCCACUCGGUGCGCCAGUUCCAUUUCACCUCCUGGCCAGAUCACGGAGUGCCAGAGACAACAGACCUUCUCAUCAACUUUAGACACCUUGUUCAUGAGUACAGCAGUCAAAAUCCAAUUGACUCUCCUACUCUGGUGCAUUGCAGUGCCGGUGUCGGCAGGACGGGGACGUUCAUCGCCAUUGACCGCCUGAUCCAGCAGGUGGAGAUGGAGAAUACGGUGGAUGUGUACGGAGUGGUGUACGAUCUUCGCAUGCACCGACCCUUGAUGGUGCAGACUGAGGACCAGUACGUCUUCCUAAACCAGUGUGUUAUGGAUAUUAUUAGAUCCCAGAAAGACAAGAAAACUGAUCUUAUUUACCAAAACAUGACAGCAAUGGCAAUCUAUGAAAAUUUCACACCUGGGCCAAGCUUUGGGAAGGCCAAUGGCUACCACGCAUAGCCUGGAUGGAACAUGGUGUUUCCAGGAGGUGUCACCUGCGCAGAGGAAAGGGAGAUGUUCUACUCAUCCGGGGUUGCGUGCAGUGUCUCAUGUCUGGCUUCUCCAGGUCUAUCCGCAUUCGAAGAUGUGAUCUGCAGGAGGAAAAAGGCAGUGCUGGCAGGAGCUGCAGACUGAUAUUAAAAAAACAAAACAACAAGCAAAACUAUUUAAAGUUAACAGAGGAAUCUUGCUUUUCUUGGGAAUUUAACAGUACUGAUAGGUGAAAUAGCAUUUGCAGUAUGAACGGUGGGCUAGAAUUUAAAUAUUAAAAUAAUAACACAAGCUUUUUAUUACAAUUUUAUAUGAUUUCAUUUACAGACACCAGGCUUGUGGGCUGUUUUAAUAUAUUUAAUUAUAAGUUUCAGGAACAUAUUUUAUCUACUGUAUCUG